AUGGACAGUUCAUGCACCAAGAAAACGGUUACUGCUUCAGGGGUAUCGGAGACCCCAGAGCCGGCGGUUGGGGGACGGUGCUCGCCCCAGGUGUCGUCAUCACCUGUAAGCACCAAAAGUGUAGAAGUGCUGAGGCAGGCUUCUACCGCCAGCAACGGAGCUGGUAGAGUUACUGCCGGAGGGAGUGCGAAACAGGCUCUCUCCAGUGGCCGGAAAGCCACUGAAGAUACUGUAGGAUCAACUGGAGCUGGUUCGAUGAGCAUCCCCGACGGUUGGAAAAACCUUAGGGGCUGUUUGAAGGCGCAGGACGGAGACCUUAAACUCCUGACAGCCAAAGCGAGGGACCUCGAGCUGUGGUCUGUUAAAGUGAGAAGCAUCGAAGCCAAGGCGGCUAUAGAAGGGGUGCUUCUUGCUGUAGCAGCAAUAGGUUCAGUCCGUGAAGCGGUAGCAAAGGCUGCCAACGCCAUGACAAAGGCGGUCAACGAUGGCGGUCAGUCCCGGAGUGGUGGUGCGGCAGCAGGCGUGACGGGCGUAUGUGCCUCUACGCAGACCAUUGCGAUUGGGAGCAACCCGGUCAAAAGGGUCUGUGCGGGGACGCAGACGACAGACCAGGCGCAGCAGAAGCCACAACAGCGACAGCGCCAGCGGCAACAGCAGCAGCAACAACCACAGCAGAAGCCGCAGCAGCAGCAGCGGCAGCAACAGCAGCAGCAACAGAAGCAGCAGCAGCAGCAGCAGAAGCAGCAGCAGCAGCAGCAGCAGCAGCAACAACAGCAGCGGCAGCGGCAGCAGCAGCAGCAGCAGCAGCAGCAGCAGCCGCAGCAGCAACAGACAUGGAGCCAGGUGGUCCAAAGGGGAAAGAAGAAAUCCCCGUCCCGGCCCAAAGCCCAGUCUUCUCCGGCAACGGAGAAGAUCUCACUGCUUCGCCAGAGAGCCCCUAGGACCGCAGCCGUCACCAUUGACCGCCCGGCCGAGGGGGGUUCGCUGGCGGCAGUUAUGAAAAGGGUGUCUGGUUCCGUGAGCUUGGCAAGUCUCGGGGUCAAAGUGGUGACUACGAGGCGCACCAAAGCCGGCGGAAUCCUCCUCGAAGUGGAAGGCGAGGAAAAAGCCAGAAUCCUGGAGAGGAGGAUCCGAGAGGUGGUAGGAGAGGCCGCCAGGGUAAGAAGGCCCGAGCGGAAGACUCCCGUCCUCCUUCUGGAUGUUCCUGAAUGGGUAGAAGUGGAGGACGUGGUCGGAGGGCUCGGCGCGGCCGGAGUAGUCGUCGCGGCUCCUGACGCUGACCGAAUUUCCAUCAGGAAAAACGGUGGCAGCCGCGGCGACCGCGUCGCGAGGGUAGAUUUACCUUUCCGCGACGCCAUCGCUCUGGCCGAGGCAAAGGUGGUGGUGGUCGGCUGGACCCGUUGCAGGGUAAAGCUUCUUGAAAAGAAGCAAACCACCUGCUUCCGGUGCCAGCAAAAGGGCCACCUCGCCGCCGAGUGCCGCAACGCGGCAAAGCCUCGGGCCUGCUACAGGUGUGGAGCCACCAGCCACCUCUCGCGGGGCUGCUCGGAAGGCAGAAGAGGAAGCGGCGGCCCAUCUUCGGUCGUUGGAGGAAGUUUUAGCGGUGGUACGACAGUCGCGGUGGAGGAGGUGCCUGCCGAGAUGCAGCCAGUGGCGGAGGAGUCGUCGCGGCAGUUGGCCGGGCGGCCGGCGGGCCGUUCCGCCUCCGCGUCGUCGUCGUCGGGGCCGCAGCCAUGA